CCUUUUCCCUUGCCCAUACUUGCUAUGGCGGCUCGGGGGGCCAGGCAGCGGCUCAAGGGAAGCAGCGGCGGUGGCGGCGGCGGCGGCGGCGGCGACCCGGCCAAGCUGCGGGAAGAGCCCCCGGGCCGAGAAGCGACAACUGCUUCGGAUCAGCGAGCUGAGCCACCUGGGAGUAAAGCAGGACAAGUCUGGGCACCUGAAGGGUCCACUGCUUUCAAGUGCUUGAUCUCGGCUCGGUUCUGUGCUGCCCUCCUGAGUAAUAUUUCUGACUGUGAUGAAACAUUCAACUACUGGGAACCAAUGCACUACCUCGUCUAUAGGAAUGGGUUCCAGACAUGGGAAUAUUCCCCAGCUUAUGCAAUCCGAUCCUAUGCUUACCUGUGGCUUCACGCCUUGCCAGCUGCAUUCCAUGCAAAAGUCCUACAAACUAACAAGGUUCUCGUCUUUUACUUUUUGCGAUGUAUCCUGGCUUUUGUGAGCUCUGUUUGUGAACUUUACUUUUAUAAGGCUGUGUGCAAGAAGUUUGGCCUCCACGUGAGUCGAUUGAUGCUGGCAUUUUUAGUUCUUAGCACUGGAAUGUUUUGCUCAUCAGCAGCUUUCCUUCCUAGCAGCUUCUGUAUGUACACGACUGUGAUAGCUAUGACAGGCUGGUUCAUGGACAAGACCUCCAUUGCUGUGCUGGCAGUAGCUGCUGGGGCUAUCCUUGGCUGGCCAUUUAGUGCUGCUCUUGGAUUACCCAUUGCCUUUGAUUUGCUGGUCAUGAAACGAAGGUGGAAGAGUUUUCUUCACUGGUCACUAAUGGCCAUAAUACUCUUUCUGGUACCUACAGUGGUCAUUGACAGCUACUACUAUGGGAAGUUGGUGGUUGCGCCUCUCAACAUUGUUCUGUAUAAUGUUUUUACAGCUCAUGGACCUGACCUUUAUGGCACAGAACCCUGGUAUUUCUAUUUAAUUAACGGGUUUCUGAAUUUCAAUGUGGCCUUUGUAUUGGCUCUUCUGGUUUUACCGCUGACUUCCCUCAUGGAGACCCUGUUGCAGAGAUUUCAUGUUCAGAAUUUAGGCCGUCCCUAUUGGCUUACCUUGUCACCAAUGUACAUUUGGAUCAUUAUCUUCUUUGCUCAGCCUCACAAAGAGGAGAGAUUUCUGUUCCCCAUAUACCCUCUUAUCUGCCUUUGUGGUGCUGUGGCUCUUUCUGCACUUCAGAAAUGUUAUCACUUUGUGUUUCAACGCUACCGCUUAGAACAUUACACAGUCUCUUCCAACUGGUUAGCUUUAGGGACUGUCUUCCUCUUUGGGCUGCUAUCCCUGUCUCGAUCUGUGGCACUGUUCAGAGGGUAUCAUGGACCCCUUGAUUUGUAUCCUGAAUUCCACAGAAUUGCUACUGAUCCCGCUAUCCACACAGUCCCAGAAGGGAGGCCAGUGAACGUCUGUGUGGGCAAAGAGUGGUACCGAUAUCCCAGCAGCUUUUUUCUACCUGAGAACUGGCAACUCCAGUUCAUUCCAUCAGAGUUCAGGGGCCAGUUGCCGAAACCUUUUGCCCAGGGGCCAAUGGCCACACGGAUUCUUCCCACUGACAUGAAUGACCAGAACCAAGAAGAAACAUCCAGAUAUGUUGACAUCAGCAAAUGCCAUUAUUUGGUGGAUUUAGACACAGUAUCAGAAACACCCCGAGAGCCAAGGUAUUCAUCCAACAGAGAAGAGUGGAUCAUCCUUGCUUACAGACCAUUCCUUGAUACUUCCAGAUCUUCAAAACUGCUGCGAGCGUUCUAUGUUCCUUUCCUGUCAGAAAAGCAUACAGUGUAUGUAAAUUACACCAUUCUCAAACCCCGGAAAGGAAAGCAAGCCAGGAAGAAAGCUGGUGGUUAACAGCACACCUGUGGUCCCAGAAGACCAGCCAUUGCUGCUCACUAGUGGCUCCACAGCAUCAUUUCCUCCAAUCAUCACUUGUAACAUUCACAAUAAAGAUUUUCCAACAAGAA